GGUGGACCGUGGGACACGACUCACUACUGGCAAGAUGGAACGCGAGGGGCAGUGGUGGAAGAGCCAGCUCGCUGCAGAUAUCCACACGUCUCUACGAAUAAAGGUGAAUGUCUCAUUUUUAUGCUCUGAUGGUUCUUGAAAUCUUUUUCAUCCGCAGUUAGUUGAAUUACACAAAUACCGUAACAACAAAACAAAUUCCAGUAGUGAGCUCAUCUAUUCCUUGCUGUUUUCGAUGCUAAAGUGUGAACUGUCACAUGUCCCCCUGUAACGAUUGAGUUGGUUAUCCCUGUCUGGUCAUCAGAACCUCUACCACAGCCUGGGACACAUCUUAUGUUAAUGGUCAGAUAGAUGCACUUAUAUGACUCGUGUUAUUCUAUUUUGUAGACCAGGAUUUCCACCAUCUAUCAGGGAUUGACACUUAAUCUGUGAACAAUAAUAAACCCCAAAAACGUCUUGAAAUAGAGAUGUAUUGAUGGGUCAUCAUAAUUGGUAAUUAGUCAAAUUGACAAUGCGUAUUGUGAGCAAAUGCUGCGCAUAUGAGCUGAUGCCUCCAGCUAAACUAAGAGGAGAUCUGUGUGGUGGGCGGAUGGGUGGAGGAGGUUUGUUCAGGGCAAACGCUGGGUUGUUGUUUGUCUGUGUUGACUGGAUUAGGGAGGACCUGACUACUCCACUCUGCUGCUUUUCAACUGUAACACCAGUGUGUUACACUUAAGCAAUAAGGCCCGAGGGGGUGUGGUAUAUGGCCAAUAUACCAUCGCUAAGGGCUGUUCUUAAGCCGUGGUUUAUUGGCCAUGUACCACAAACCCCCGAGGUGCCUUAUUGCUAUUAUAAACUGGUUACCAACGUAUUUAGAGGAGUAAAAAUAAAUGUUUUGUCAUACCCAUGGUAUACACUCUGAUGUUAUACUAGGGAAAUUGUGUUUCAAUAGCUAAGGCUGAUAGUGAGGACUUGUGAAGAGCAGAAUCAACAACCUCUGCAUAAUCAAAACAGUUGCUUUGUGAGAAGGUGUUAAAGUUCACAGUUAGCCAUUGUUAUGUAAAUGCUGCUGAAAAGUACCAGUGGCCUUGCCUUGGCACCAACUUAGAGCAGUUCCGCCAGAGCCAUGGGCCCAGUGAGACACGGGUGCCGGACCGCGUAGAUGGAAACAGAAAAGUCUAAGCCUUUUAAGUAAAACACCAGGGUAAAUCCUCAGUGGAAAUGCGCCAACAUGGCUCGCUCUGGCUGUUUGUGGUUGUUUAUGCCCCGGCUGUAUGUCAUGCCCACUUCCUGUAGGAACUGCUAAGUGGAAGCUCUUUGGCUGGACGUGGAGCGUUUGCGUUUAUCCUGAUUUCAGGACUACUCUCUUGCCAAAGACUCAACAUUAUUAUACUGAACAAAAAUAUAAACGCAACAUGUAAAGUGUUGGUCCCAUGUUUCAUGAGCUGAAAUAAAAGAUCCCAGAAAUGUUUAAUACGCACAAAAAGCUUAUUUCUCUCAAAGUUUGUGCACAAAUUUGUUUACAUCCCGGUUAGUGAGCAUUUCUCCUUUGUCAAAAUAAUCCAUCCAUCUGACAGGUGUGGCAUAUCAAGAAGCUGAUCAAACAGCAGGAUCAUUACACAAGUGCACCUUGUGCUGGGGACAAUAAAAGGCCACUCUAAAAUGUGCAGUUUUGACACACAACUCAAUGCCACAGAUGUCUCAAGUUUUGAAGGAGCGUGCAAUUGGCAUGCUGACUGCAGGAAUGUCCACCAGAGCUGUUGCCAGAAAAUUGAAUGUUCAUUUCUCUACCAAAGUCGUUUUAGAGAAUUUGGCAGUAUGUCCAACUGGCCUCACAACCGCAGACCACGUGUAACCACGCCAGCCCAUGACCUCGACAUCCGGCUUCUUCACCUGUGGGAUCGUCUGAGACCAGCCACCCUGACAGCUGAUGAAACUGAGGAGUAUUUCUGUCUGUAAUAAAGCCCUUUUGUGGGGAAAAACUCAGUUUGAUUGGCUGGGCCUGGCUCCCCAGUGGCUGGUCCUGGCUCCCAAGUGGGUGGGCCUAUGCCCAGUCAUGUGAAAUCCAUAGAUUAGGGCCUAAUUAAUUUAUUUUCGAUUGACUAAUUUCCUUAUAUGAAGUGUAACUCAGUAAAAUCAUUGAAAUUGUUGCAUGUUGUUUUUAUGUUUUUGUUCAGUAUAGAUAUGAAGUCCCUCUCGUCCUGCCUGUUACCCAAUAGCUAACCUUAAACACACUGAUCUAAAACAGCGACAGAUAAUGGGGCUGAAGUGAUGUAUGACUUUAUGCUGACAUUCCUUGUUCAUCGUGAAGGAAUGCAGUCUCCAGAGCUUUGAUGUUGACACUUUCUUACACUGCCCAAGUUUGAAAUAAUUUACACUCUGGCAACUACUUGCCAGAUCAGAUUUUAUCACCAGGUAUUCAGAAAUAGAAUGUGACAGGCAUAACCUCACAUACAGUAUUUGCUUAAUGGAAUAAAUACUUCAGCAAAUGGAUGCAUCAGAGCUAAACCAGGUGCUUUUCACAAGGACAGUGUAAAGUGACGAAUUACAGCUACUCUCGUUACUGUAAUUACAGUAGUUUUUCAGAGUACUUGUAAUUUUGAAAGUCAGUAAUUUUACUUCUACUUGAGUAAAAUUGUAUGUAAGUAACAGUAUUUCUACUUGAGUAUGAAAAAAACAAAAACAUGUAUGCACUCAAUAACUGUAAGUCGCUCUGGAUAAGAGCGUCUGCUAAAUGACUAAAAUGUAAAUGUAAUAUCUCAGUACUCUUUCCACCCCUAAUUUGAAUUGCUUUGAAUGUUUAAACCCUGUGAAACUGCAGCAACCUUGUACUUGUUCAUAUUAAUUAUAUUUUAUAACUACACGUACAAAGAGAACUGCGAUUGAACAAUAGAACUAACAGGUCUGAGCUUGCUUUACGCAGGCUUGCAUCGGAAGCCUUUGCAUCUGUAAUUAAAAAGUAACUCACACAAUAUGGUGUUGAUUGAUUAAUUCCAGUCAACUAGUCCAGUCUAGUUUGGGAUUGAAAAGGCCUAGGUAGCCUAGCCACCCGAAGUUUGAAUAUAAACCAAGUUUCAUCACAUUCACAUUUUCUAUUAGCACAAAUAAAUGGGCCUAUUUUAGGCUAUAAUUACAGUACAUAGCUUAGGCUAUAAAUACACGAUGUUACCGCUUCGUUUCCCCUGGCCAGAGGGGAUCAGAGCGCAUAGGCUUCCCUAGGCUACCUGCAGCUGUGGUUUGUAUCAGUAAUCUACAGUUGAUCAGACUGAAGUAGAGGUUAAUUGUGCACGAGUUGACAAAUCAUGAGGAAAAUUCAUAAAAUUGAAUGUGCACAAUGCAGAAUAUGGUCUUAUUGCGUAUGACCACUAGUUAGCAAUGAAGUUCUAUCUACCGCAGUCAUUGGCUGAAUCUCAAACUGAACAUUUGUCCCUUUGUCGAGUGGCCACUUGCUGUUGUAUUCAAUAGUGAUCACUCGAGUCUGCAAGUGUUUUGGCCAAAAUGAGCAUUGAGAUGAUGCGCACUCGACGUCCCAACUGACACUUACCAAUUUUCUACAAUUCUAAAUCGAUUUGUGAACGUUGUCACCCACGACCUGUCACUCACUAUGAAACACGGGCACUGGGGCAGACACAGACACUAGAGUCUGAUAGACAGUGAGAAAGUAAAAACAAAACAUCUCUCUACUGCUGUACCAGGAUCUCAGCGAUCACUGCCUUAUUGCCUGCGUCCGUAACGGGUCCGCGGUCAAACGACCACCCCUCAUCACUGUCAAACGCUCCCAAAAACACUUCAGCGAGCAGGCCUUCCUAAUUGACCUGGCCCAGGUAUCCUGGAUGGAUAUAGAUCUCAUUCCGUCAGUAGAGGAUGCCUGGUUGUUCUUUAAAAGUAAUUUCCUCUCAAUCUUAAAUAGACAUGCCCCAUUCAAAAAAUAUAGAACUAAGAACAGAUAUAGCCCCUGGUUCUCCUCAGACUUGACUGCCCUUGACCAGCACAAAAACAUCCUGUGGCGUACUGCAUUAGCAUCAAAUAGCCCCCGCGAUAUGCAACUUUUCAGGGAAGUUAGGAACCAAUAUACACAAGCAGUUAGGAAAGCAAAGGCUAACUUUUUCAAACAGAAAUUUGCAUCCUGUAGCACUAACUCCAAAAAGUUUUGGGACACUGUAAAGUCCAUGGAAAAUAAGAGCACUUCCUCCCAGCUGCCCACUGCACUGAGGCUAGGAAACACUAUCACCACCGAUAAAUCUACAAUAAUCGAGAAUUUCAACAAGCAUUUUGCUACGGCUGGCCAUGCUUUCCACCUGGCUACCACUACCCCGGCCACCAGCUCUGCACCCUCCGCUGCAACUUGCCCAUGCCCCCCCCCCGCUUCUCCUUCACACAAAUCCAGACAGCUGAUGUUCUAAAAGAGCUGCAAAAUCUGGACCCCUACAAAUCAUCUGGGCUAGACAAUCUGGACACUUUCUUUCUAAAACUAGCCGCCGAAAUUGUCGCAACCCCUAUUACUAGCCUGUUCAACCUCUCUUUCGUAACGUCUGAGAUCCCCAGAGAUUGGAAAGCUGCCGCGGUCAUCCCCCUCUUCAAAGGGGGUGACACUCUAGAUCCAAACUGUUACAGACCCAUAUCCAUCCUGCCCUGCCUUUCAAAAGUUUUUGAAAGCCAAGUCAACAAACAGAUCACCGACCAUUUCGAAUCCCACCGUACCUUCUCCGCUAUGCAAUCCGGUUUCCGAGCUGGUCAUGGGUGCACUUCAGCCAUGCUCAAGGUCCUAAACGAUAUUAUAACCGCGAUCGAUAAUAGACAGUACUGUGCAGCCGUUUUCAUUGACCUGGCCAAGGCUUUCGACUCUGUCAACCACCGCAUUCUUAUUGGCAGACUAAAUAGCCUUGGUUUCUCAAAUGACUGCCUCGCCUGGUUCACCAACUACUUCUCAGAUAGAGUUCAAUGUGUCAAAUCGGAGGGCCUGUUGUCUGGACCUAUGGCAGUCUCUAUGGGGGUGCCACAGGGUUCAAUUCUUAGGCCGACUCUUUUCUCUGUGUAUAUCAAUGACGUCGCUCUUGCUGCUGGUGACUCUCAGAUCCACCUCUACGCAAACGACACCAUUUUGUAUACAUCUGGCCCUUCAUUGGACACUGUGUUAACAAACCUCAAAACGAGCUUCAAUUCCAUACAACACUCCUUCAGUAGCCUCCAACUGCUCUUAAACACUAGUAAAACUAAAUGCAUGCUCUUCAACCGAACGCUGCUUGCACCCGCCCACCCGACUAGAAUCACUACUCUCGACGGGUCUGACCUAGAGUAUGUGGACAACUACAAAUAUCUAGGUGUCUGGUUAGACUGUAAACUCUCCUUCCAGACUCACAUUAAGAAUCUCCAAUCCAAAGUUAAAUCUAGAAUCGGUUUCCUAUUUCGCAACAAAGCCUCCUUCACUCAUGCUGCCAAACAUGCCCUCGUAAAACUGACUAUCCUACCGAUCCUUGACUUCGGCGAUGUCAUUUACAAAAUAGCCUCCAACACUCUACUCAGCAAAUUGGAUGUAGUCUAUCACAGUGCCAUCCGUUUUGUCUCCAAAGCCCCAUAUAAUACCCACCACUGUGACCUGUACGCUCUUGUUAGCUGGUCCUCACUACAUAUUCGUCGCCAAACCCACUGGCUCCAGGUCAUCUAUAAAUCACUGCUAGGCAAAUCCCCGCCUUAUCUUAGCUCAUUGGUCACCAUAGCAACACCCACCCGUAGUCUGCGCUCCAGCGGGUAUAUCUCAUUGGUCAUCCCCAAAGCCAACACCUCCUUUGGCCGCAAUUCCUUCCAGUUCUCUGCUGCCAAUGACUGGAACAAAUUGCAAAAAUCUCUGAAGCUGGAGACACUUAUCUCCCUCACUAACUUUAAGCAUCAGUUGUCAGAGCACCUUACCGAUCACUGCACCUGUACACAGCCCAUCUGAAAUUAGCCCGCCCAACUACCUCAUCCCUAUAUUGUUAUUUAUUUUGCUCAUUUGUACCCCAGUAUCUCUAUUUGCACAUCAUCUCUUGCACAUCUAUCAUUCCAGUGUUAAUACUAAUUGUAAUUAUUUUGCACUAUAGCCUAUUUUAUUGCCUUACCUCCAUAACUUGCUAAAUUUGCACACACUGUAUAUUAUAUGUAUUUCUGUUGUAUUUUUGACUUUGUUUUGUUUUACCCCAUAUGUAACUCUGUGUUGUUGUUUGUAUCGCACUGCUUUGCUUUAUCUUGGCCAGGUCGCAGUUGUAAAUGAGAACUUGUUCUCAACUGGUUUACCUGGUUAAAUAAAGGUGAAAUAAAAAAAAUAAAAAUAAAAUAUCAGUUGCCAGUGAUUUCAUCAGCUGCCUGCUGCUAGCUCGCUUCACUGACAAACACAGGGAUCAAAUUUUAGCUAGCUAUCUGAUGUUGCGGCAGGUAGCUUAGUGGGUAAGAGCGUUGUGCCAGUAACCGAAAGGUCGCUGGUUCUAAUCCCCGAGCCGACUAGGUGAAAAAUCUGUCGAUGUGCCCUUGAGCAAGGCACUUAACCCUAAUUGCUCAUGUAAGUCGCUCUGGAUAAGAGCGUCUGCUAAAUGACUAAAAUUAAAUUAAGUUAAAUUAAUUAAUUAAAUUAAAUUAUGUUGGCCACUGCACUGAUAAACAGCGUGUAGCUUCAGCUUGUAACUUAUUUACAAUAGUUUGACAACUUGCUGAUGAAGUUGUAGACAUGUUCCCAGCUGUCAGUCCAUACUUCAGCAUGUUUCCAAAGCACCAAUCGCUACGUCAUAACGUUGGUCGGCUAAAAGAACAGCACAGCAGCAGACUCGAUAUGGGCAGAGCAUUUUUCCAACUUAAUUACAUUUUAGUAGAUGCUCUUAUCCAGAGCGACUUACAGUUAGUGAAUACAUAUAUAUAUAUUUUCAAACUGGUCCCCCGUGGGAAUCGAACCCACAACCCUGGCGUUGCAAACGCCAUGCUCUAUCAACUGAGCUACAUCCCUGCGGGCCAUUCCCUCCCCUACCCUGGACAACGCUAGGCCAAUUGUGCGCCGCCCAUGAGUCUCCCGGUCGCGGCCGGCGGCGACAGAGCCUGGAUUCGAACCAGGAUCUCUAGUGGCACAGCUAGCACUGCGAUGCAGUGCCUUAGACCACUGCGCCACUCAGGAGACUACUUAAUGACGAUGACGUGCAGAUUGCGUAUAUCCGUGGCAAAUCAUUUUAAAGAUGCAUAUCUCCUACUAACGUAACAGCAUUUUUACGUUAAGUAUUUGUCACAUUUUUAUGUUUCCAUUUAUUAUGAUGUUCGGGACCUGUUGGUGGUAGUUUUGUGAUAACUGCAAUGUGAUUUACAUUUUGUGGAAGAAAAAACAACAACAGUUUUUCGGUUAGGGAUUUUUUCUUAACGUUAAUGUCCCAAUUUCGUUAAAACGUUCACACCCCUAGUCUAAACAAUAGUACUUUGUCCCUCUUUUCUAUUUUUUAUUAAACCAAAUCAAAAGUGCUGGGGCAAAAGCCAGUUCGCCACAUGUUUGACGGCGGCCCUGUUAUGCUGAUCUCUGCAACGUGGAUAGAUUUAAAUCGCCACACAAUGCUACAAAUUAAGAAACAUAUCCUAUAUGUAUGAUCUUUUGAGACAGUAUCUUGACAUUUUAGAUAGUACAACAUUUUAAACAAAUGUUUGUUGGUGGGAAUGGGUAGGAUAUUUCAAUACUCGUUCUACCCCUGCUCAAAGGCAUGGUGUUUUAUGAGAGCUUAAUGCCUCUCCAGGGUGGUUGUAUGAAAAAGGGCACAAACCAUUCUUUCCCACUGACUGUUGCUAUGGAAGCCUUUACCUGUGUCCUCAGUGCUCACCAACUGAUGUUCAAUGUAUUAAUAGCACUUCUCUGCAAGAAGAGUAGCAGUUUUUUUUCUGCUGGGUUGUACACUACAUGACCAAAAGUAUGUGGACACCUGCUCGUCGAACAUCUCAUUCCAAAAUCAUGGGCAUUAAUAUGGAGUUGGUCCCCCCCUUUGCUGCUAUAACAGCCUCCACUCUUCUGGGAAGGCUUUCCACUAGAUGUUCGAACAUUGCUACAGGGACUUGCAUUCAGCCACAAGAGCAUUAGUGAGUUCGGGCACUGAUGUUGGGCGAUUCCUCCUCCCCCAGCUUUACAGUUGCGUACUAUGCAUUCGGCAGGUAGCGUUCUCCUGGCAUCCGCCAAACCAAGACUCGUCCGUCGGACGGCCAGAUAGUGAAGUGUGAUUCAUCACUCCAGAGUCCAAUGGUGGCGAGCUUUACACCACUCCAGCCAAUGCUUGUCAUUGCGCAUGGUGAUUUUAGGCUUGUGUGCGGCUGCUCGGCCAUGGAAACCCAUUUCAUGAAGCUCCCGACUAACAGUUCUUGUGCUGACGUUGCUUCCAGAGGCAGUUUGGAACUUGGUAGUGAGUGUUGCAAACGAGAACAGACUCGGCGGUCCCAUUCUGUGAGCUUGUGUGGCCUACCACUUCGCAGAUGAGCCGUUACUGCUCCUAGAUGUUUCCACUUCACAAUAACAGCACUUACAGUUGACCGGGGCAGCUCUAGCAGGGCAGAAAUCUGACGAACUGACUUGUUGGAAAGGUGGCAUCCUAUGACAGUGCCACGUUGAAAGUCACUGAGCUCUUCAGUAAGGCCAUUCUACUACCAGUGUUUGUCUAUGGAGAUUGCAUGGCUGUGUGCUCAUUUUUUAUACACCUGUCAGCAACGGGUGUGGCUGAAAUAGGGUCCACUGUAGCUCAGUUGGUAGAGCAUGGUGUUUGCAACGCCAGGGUUGUGGGUAAGAGCGUCUGCUAAAUGACUAAAAUUUAAAAUGUAAAUGUGAAUAGCCAAAUCCACUCAUUUGAAGGGGUGUCCACAUACUUUUGUAUAUAUAGUAGAGAUUGAUGCUUCUUUUGUUGCCACUCUACUUAUUGCAUUUUCACAAUAAUGCAGUUCACAAGACUGAAAGUGGAACAAUUGAAAGUGGAACAAUAAUGUUAGUGAUUUUGAAUUUCCAAUUCAUUCAUAAAUUCCAUUCCACAAUUCAACAAUAAUUUUGUGUAAGUAUGAUGAUGUUAUCAAACCCAUCAGAAUCUUUCAUAAUCGUAUCACCCACUACCCUAGAGAAAUUCCUCCUGGAGAAAAUUUAAUACUGAGAAUCAUGCACAGGAGAAUGUUGACCCAAUUGGAACUGCUUGUUGCAUAAGAUCAUGCCUUUGGCUGAUCAGGAAGUAGCUGUAGAGUUCCCUAAAUUACAGCCGUGCUCCACAAAGGGCCCUGUUCAGAUGGUCAGGCCCCAGCCCCUCACCCCCAGGGGGACAUAUGGCUGUGAGACAUGCAGCCUGGUUGGGCCUGAAUAACCAUGGGUGACUCCCUGGUUCUCACAGCUGUAAGGCAGACUCCCUGGUUCUCACAGCUAUAAGGCAGACUCCCUGGUUCUCACAGCUAUAAGGCAGACUCUUUGGUUCUCACAGCUAUAAGGCGGACUCAAUUGUUCUCACAGCAAUAAGGCAGACUCCCUGAAUAUGAGAUAUAUAUAUAGAUCUGAGAUACAGUAUGAAUACUUGGAUUUGGAUCUUCUGUGUCUUUCUUUGCCUAGCAACAGAGUGACCCUGCCAGACACAAAAUUAAAUAGAGAUAAUAGGGCGGCAGGUAGCCUAGCGGUUAGAGCCAUUUAUAAUGGCAGACCCUGACCCUGACCCCUCUCUCCGAGGGUGUCUCAGGGAGAGUUGGGAUAUGCAAAAAAUACAUUCCCAAAAUAGGACAAAUAUAAGCACCCACCAAUUUAUUUAUUAGUAUUUUAUUUAUGUCUAUGCUGGCAUAUAUAAAGUGCAUUUUCAGCAUUCGAAAAGUAUUCAGACCCCUUGACUUUUCCGCAUUUUGUUAUGUUACAGCCUUAUUCUAAAAUGGAUAAAAUAGUUUUUUCCCCUUAUCAAUUUACACACAAUACCCCAUAAUGACAAAGACAAAUGUAUUACAAAUAAAAAACCGAAAAUAUCACAUUUACAUAAGUCAGACAGUUUACUCAGUGCUUUGUUGAAGCACCUUUGGCAGCGAUUACAGCCUCGAGUCUUCUUGGGUAUGACGCUACAAGCUUGGCACACAUGUAUUUGGGGAGUUUCUCCCAGAUUCUCUUCUCUGCAGAUCCUCUCAAGCUCUGUCAGGUUGGAUGGGGAGCGUUGCUGCACAGCUAUUUUCAGGUCUCUCCAGAGAUGUUUGAUCGGGUUCAAGUCCGGGCUCUGGCUGUGCCACUCAAGGACACUCAGAGACUUGUCCCGAAGCCACUCCUGCAUUGUCUUGGCUGUGUGCUUAGGGUCAUUGUCCUGUUGGAAGAUGAACCUUCACCCCAGUCUGAGGUCCUGAGCGCUCUGGAGCAGGUUUUCAUCAAGGAUCUCUCUGUACUUGCUCCCUUCAUCUUUCCCUCAAUCCUGACUAGUCUCCCAGUCCCUGCCGCUGAAAAACAUCCCCACAGCGUGAUGCUGCCACCACCAUGCUUCACCGUAGGGAUGGUGCCAGGUUUCCUCCAGACGUGACGCUUGGCAUUCAGGCCAAAGAGUUCAAUCUUGGUUUCAUCAGACCAGAGAAUCUUGUUUCUCAUGGUCUGAGAGUCUUUAGGUGCCUUUUGGCAUACUCCAAGCGGGCUGUCAUGUGCCUUUUACUAAGGAGUGGCUUCGGUUUGGCCACUCUACCAUAAAGGCCUGGUUGGUGGAGUGCUGCAGAGAUGGUUGUCCUUCUGGAAGCUUCUCUCAUCUCCACAGAGGGACUCUGGAGCUCUGUCAGAGUGACCAUCGGGUUCUUGGUCACCUCCCUGACCAAGGCCCUUCUCUCCCGAUUGCUCUAGGAAGAGUCUCGGUGGUUCCAAACUUCUUCCAUAUAAGAAUGAUGGAGGCCACUGUGUUCUUGGGGACCUUCAAUGCUGCAGAAAUGUUCCCCAGAUCUGUGCCUCGACACAAUCCUGUCUGGGAGCUCUACGGACAAUUCCUUCGACCUCAUGGCAUGGUUUUUGCUCUGACAUGCACUGUCAACUGUGGGACCUUAUAUAGACAGGUGUGUGCCUUUUCAAAAUCAUGUCCAAUGAAUUGAAUUUACCUCAGGUGAACUCCAAUGAAGUUGUAGAAAUAUCUCAAGGAUGAUCAAUGGAAACAGGAUGCACCUGAGCUCAAUUUCGAGUCUCAUAGCAAAGGGUCUGAAUAUUUUAAGUAAGUAACCUGUUUUUGCUUUGUCAUUAUGGUGUAUUAUUGUGUGUAGAUUGAGGAUUAUUAGUAUUUUAUUUUUUCUUAGAAUAAGGCUGUAGCGUAACAAAAUGUGGAAAAAGUCAAGGGGUCUGAAUACUUUCCAAAUGCACUGUAUUUAUUCUCCAUGCUGCAAGAUCUGGAAUAGGAUAGGUUGUUCACUUGGCUGUCUGUGGGAUGCUAAUUAAUACAUUAUUCAGAAAAUAUUUAAUCAAGGGUAGUGUGUUACUUUAAUGUUUUUCACUUCUCCUGUUUAAUUUCCCUCCAACAUUAACGUUAACAAUGUACGUGAAGAAGAGGCUUUUAUAGUUGGCAACUGGUCUGGAGGAAAAACAAGUUGCAUAGUUACAAAGAAAAUCAAUCUCUACUAUAUAUACACAAGUAUGUGGACACCCCUUCAAAUGAGUGGAUUUGGCUAUUUCAGCCACACCCGUUGCUGACAGAUGUAUUAAAUCGAGUACACAGCCAUGCAAUCUCUAUAGACAAACAUUGGCAGUAGAAUGGCCUUACUGAAGAGCUCAGUGACUUUCAACGUGGCACUGUCAUAGGAUGCCACUUUUCCAACAAGUCAGUUCGUCAAAUUUCUGCCCUGUUAGAGCCGCGAAGUGGUAGGCCACACAAGCUCACAGAAUGGACUGCCGAGUGCUGAAGUGCGUAACGGUGUGGAAGAACUUGACUUGCCUGCACAGAGCUCUGACCUCAACCCCAUUGAACACCUUUGGGAUGAAUUGGAACGCUGACUGGGAGCCAGGCCUAAUCGCCCAACAUCAGUUCCCGACCUCACUAAUGCUCUUGUGGCUGAAUGAAAGCAAGUCCCCGCAGCAAUGUUCCAACAUCUAGUGGAAAUCCUUCCCAGAAGAGUGGAGGCUGUUAAAACAGCAAAGGGGUAACCAACUCCAUAUUAAUGCCCAUGAUUUUGGAAUGAGAUGUUCGACGAGCAGGUGUCCACAUACUUUUGGUAAUGAAGUGAAUUUCACAGAGUUUAUUGAGCAAUAUUUUAGGCCCAUGGUCAAGAAUGGGCUGCAGUUUCUUGGCUGUGAUUGACAUUUGAAAGUGGAGUCUUUGCUCAUGCUCUCACAUGCCUCUUGACACAGUGCUGUGUUUUUUCUGUAUACGCAAUUCAACUCUGCGGUCUGCAAUAUCCUUACUCCCUUUCAUCCUGUCUCCUCUCCUUGCCUCCUUUCCUCAGGAGCUGAAGUUGCCCACCUACAAGUCCCACUCUCCUCAGAUCGGGAUGCGGCGUUACUUUGCUGACCUGCUGGCUGUCCUCAGUAACCGCUACCAACUGUGCCCAGCGGCUCGCCACCUGGCCGUCUACCUCCUGGACUUGUUCAUGGACCACUACGACGUGGCAGUCCGCCAGCUCUACGUCAUUGCCCUCUCCUGCCUCCUCCUAGCCAGUAAGUCACCUACUGAACCGCUAACAGUAAAUCUGGUAAAGAUGGAACAGUAGUAGGAGUAUCUCUAGAACGCUUCAUAUUAUAGUGACAAGUUUCAGAUACUUCAGUUAUAAUGUCCUUCCUUUUGAGUAGAUUCUGGUUGUUUAUCCCGCUCUUUUACAGAAAGCUACAUGUAAAUGUUUUCCACUACAUGUGCAUAUACAGUACCAGUCAAAAGUUUGGACACACCUACUCAUUCAAGGGUUUUUCUUUAUUUCUACUAUUUUCUACAUUGUAGAAUAAUAGUGAAGAUAUCAAAACUAUGAAAUAACACAUAUGGAAUCAUGUAGUAACCAAAACAGUGUUAAACAAAUCAAAAUAUUGUAUUGACUGACCUUCAUGUCUUAAAGUAAUGAUGAACUGUCGUUUCUCUUUGCUUAUUUGAGCUGUUCUUGCCAUAAUAUGGACUUGGUCUUUUACCAAAUAGGGCUACCUUCUGUAUACUCUCUCUUCUACAAUGUAAAAAAUAGUACAAAUAAAGAAAAACCCUUGAAUGAGUAGGUCUGUCCAAACUUUGGACUGGUGUAUGUUUUUAAAAAUCAUAUUUGAUGUGAAAAGGAAAGCAGGAAGAGUGAGCAGCGCUGCAGCCUGUAGUUGUGUGGUUUGUCGAAAAAUGUUUGGUGACAGCUGUGUGUAUGAGGCAAUGCCCUCCCCCCCGCUAGCCCCCAGACCUCUGUCAGUCACCAAGGGAACUUAUCACAUGUACAAACCAUAAGGCCUGCCUUACCCACAUCCCUUGCCUGCAUAGUAAUUAAAGCUGUUGGAGAGAAUAAUAAAAUAAAAUAAAAUGCGCCGAAUACAACAGGUGUAGACCUUACCGUAAAAUGCUUACAUACAAGCCCUUAACCAACAAUGCAGUUUUAAGAAAAUGGAGUUAAGAAAAUAUUUACUAAAUAACUAAAGUAAAAAAUAAAAUAAGUAACACAAUUAAAUAACAAUAAUGAGGCUAUAUACAGGGGGUACCGGUACCGAGUCAAUGUGCUGGGGUACAGGUUAGUCGAGGUAAUUUGUACAUGUAUGUAGGGGUAAAGUGACUAUAGAUAAUAAACAGCGAGUAGCAGCAGUGUAAAAACAAACGGGGGGGGGGGGGGGGGGGGGGGGUCAAUGCAAAUAGUCCAGGUGGCCAUUUUAUUAAUUGUUCCGCAGUCUUAUGGCUUGGGGGUAGAAGCUGUUAAGGAGCCUUUUGGACCUAGACUUUGGACCUAGACUUUUGGGUCUAUGACUUGGGUGACUGGAGUCUUUGACAAUUUUUUGGGCCUUCCACUGACACUGCCUAAUAUAUAGGUCCUGGAUGGCAGGAAGCUUGGCCCCAGUGAUGUACUUAUGGUCGGAUGCCGAGCAGUUGCCAUACCAGGCGGUGAUGCAACCGGUCAGGAUGCUCUCGAUGGUGCAGCUUUAGAACUCUUUGAGGAUCUGGGGACCCAUGCCAAAUCUUUUCAGUCUGCUGAGGGGGAAAAGGUGUUGUCGUGCCCUCUUCACGACUGAUUUGGUGUGUUUGAACCAUGGUAGAUUGUUGGUGAUGUGAACUUAAAACUCUCGACUCGCUCCACUACAGACCUGUCGAUGUGAAUGGGGGCGUGUUUGGCCCUCCUUUUCCUGUAGUCCACGAUAAUCUAUUUUGCCUUGCUCACGUUGAAGGAGAGGUUGUUGUCCUGGCACCACACUGCCAGGUCUCUGACCUCUUCCCUAUAGGCUGUCUCAUCGUUGUCGGUGAUCAGGCCUACUACCGUUGUGUCGUCAGCAAACUUAAUGAUGGUGUUGGAGUCGUGCUUUGGCCACGCAGUCGUAGGUGAACAGGGAGUACAGGAUGGGACUAAGCACGCAUCCCUGAGGGGCCCCCGUGCUGAGGGUACCACACAGCGUUGAGAUCGCCUGCAAUGACAACAAGCUCAGUCCGAUGAUGCUGUGACACACCACCCCCAGACCAGGACGGACCCUCCACCUCCAAAUUGAUCCCGCUCCAGGAGUUUUAUGGAAAUCAAAAAUCCUAAAAGGCUUUUUUUUAUAAAACCCAAUUCAAACUUCGUUCAAUCCUUAUUUUUAUUGUUCCCCUUCAAAAAAAAAACUGAAAUUCCAUACAAGCAUUCGAAAUGGACGCUAAAAAAGGACUUCUUCUUAAACCCUUUAACAAUGGGGCCCAAAACGUCCAGGGGAAAUAUCCAAACUGUUCAACAAAAAAGUGACCCACUCAGUCUUAAAGCCUUCCCCUUUCUCUAGCUAACCUACUGAACGCAAAAGAAUUUUAAAAAAGUAUAGAUACCAAACCCCCAAAAAAGGGAAACAAAAACCCAAAAAAAAAAAAAAAAAAAAAAAAAAUUUUAAAAAAACAAAACAAAAAAAAACCAAAGAAAAAAAAAAAACAAAUGAAAACAAAAAAAAAAAGGUUUUUUUUAAAAAAAAAAAAUUUUUUAAAAAAAAAAAAAAAAACAAAACCCAAAAAACAAACAAAAACCCAAAAAAAAAACUCGUCAGUGAAGAGCACUUUUUGCCAGUCCUGUCCGGUCCAGCGACGGUGGGUUUGUGCCCAUAGGCGACGUUGUUGCUGGUGAUGUCUGGUGAGGAUCUGCCUUACAACAGGCCUACAAGCCCUCAAUCCAGCCUCUCUCAGCCUAUUGCAGACAGUCUGAGCACUGAUGGAGGGAUUUUGCGUUCCUGGUGUAACUCGGGCAGUUGUUGUUGCCAUCCUGUACCUGUCCCGCAGGUGUGAUGUUCGGAUGUACCGAUCCUGUGCAGGUGUUUUUACACGUGGUCUGCCACGACGAUCAGCUGUCCAUCCUGUCUCCCUGUAGUGCUCUCUUAGGCGUCUCACAGUACGGACAUUGCAAUUUAUUGCCCUGGCCACAUCUGCAGUCCUCAUGCCUCCUUGCAGCAUGCCUAAGGCACGUUCACGCAGAUGAGCAGGGACCCUGGGCAUUUUUAUUUUGGUGUUUUUCAGAGUCAGUAGAAAGGCCUCUUUAGUGUCCUAAGUUUUCAUAACUGUGACCUUAAUUGCCUACCGUCUGUAAGCUGUUAGUGUCUUAACGACCGUUCCACCGGUGCAUGUUCAUUAAUUGUUUAUGGUUCAUUGAACAAGCAUGGGAAACAGUGUUUAAACCCUUUACAAUGAAGAUCUGUGAAGUUAUUUGGAUUUUUACGAAUUAUCUUCGAAAGACAGUGAUGAGGUGGUGGUCCUGAAAAAGGUAUGUUUCUUUUUUUGCUGAGUUUAUAUAUUUUAUAUAUAUUUUUCCACUUUGUUGAUGGUGUGUUCACUUAUCAGUGUUGGCUGCUAACUUGGCCCUUAUCUUAAAUAGUUCACUUCUGUGUUGGGAGGCAUUGGAUCUGUCAUAACUUCCGCAGAGGCUGCCUCCCCUCCUUGUUCGGGCAGGUUUCGGCGUUCAGUGUCACUGGCUUACUAGCUACUGCCAAUCCAUUUAUCAUCACUCCAUUUGUCUUGUCUUCAAUCACACACACCUGGUCCUUAUUCCCUCAUUAGUCAUUGUAUAAGUGUUCCCUCUGCUUCCUUGUCUGUUUGGGUGAUUUGUUUAUUGUGGAGGUUAUGGAAGCUUGGUGGAGAUCGUGUAUUUUGUAUCGACGGGAAUAUUUACUGUGUGCCUUUUAUUUUCCAGUGAGCCUGUUUUUGUGCCCUGGAGUGUGUUUGACGCAUUUCUGCGUAAAACCUGUAUUUUGCGGAUUAAAGUCCGUUAUUCUGUGAUGUACCCUCCUGCGCCUGACUCCUUCAACACCACCUCAUCACAGAAUCACCCACCCGCUAUGGAGUCAGCGGGAGAGAUGCGCAUGCCUGGAGUCAUGGAACGGGUCCAGGAGCAUUCAACUAUGUCACCCAGCUUGGGUGAAGUGAUGGAUCGGGUUCUUCAGGUCGUCCAACGCCUGGAGAGGAGAGAGCCCGAUCCGUCGAGACCAGCUGGCCAACCGGAUCCCACCACCUACACCCCAGCACCCAGAGGGAUCCAGAUAUACCGACCAAGGGAGUUCGACGGGACAGCGGCGCUGUGCCAAGGAUUCCUUGCCCAACUGGAGCUCUACUUCUCCAGCAUCCGGCCGGUCCCAUCGGAGCGGGAGAAGGUGUCCGCCCUCGUCUCCUGCCUCUCGGGGAAAGCCCUGGAGUGGGCCAACGCGGUGUGGAACGAAGGAGGAGCCGCUUUGGAGAACUACGGGGAGUUCGCGAGCGGCUGGUCCAUCUGAGGCAGGGGACGAGGACUGCGCAGGACUUCGCAUUGGAGUUUCGAACUCUGGCAGCUGGGUCCGGGUGGAACGAGCGGGCCCUGAUCGACCAUUUCCGGUGCCAUCUGCGAGAGGACGUCCGACGUGAGCUAGCCUGCCGUGACACCAUGUUGUCCUUCUCGCAACUGGUGGACAUGGCCAUUCGUUUGGACAACCUGCUGGUAUCCAGAGGACGUCCUGGAGGAGGUCCGUUUCCAUCUCUGCCGACUCGGAUCCAGAACCGAUGGAGAUGGGUGGAACCGCUUGCCGAGAGAGCGGAGGACGACAGCGCCAGGGCCACACUGAUGGCGCGAAGGGACAUUUCACCACACGUUUUCGUCAACACUCUUCUGGGUUUAGAGGCGGCAGGCAGGGCACUCUCGCAUCACCCCAGGUAUCGAACACCCACACUCGUUCAGAGCCCUCUGCUGCGCACUGUAAAAUACACAUCUCCUUUCCUGAGCACAUGGUAGUUCCCCAGUGUAAGGCGCUAGUCGAUUCAGGCGCAGCUGGGAACUUUAUGGACAGGGCAUUCGCACACCGUAUAGGCAUUCCAUUGAUUCCCCUAUCCAUUCCACGCACCAUCAGAGCACUUGAUAGUCAACCAUUAGGGUCUGGGUUGGUUAAGGAAGUUACUGCACCAGUCACCAUGAUUACCCAGGAGACUCAUUGUGAGCAUUUUACUUUUUGAGUCUCCUGCUUUCCCUGUGGUAUUAGGUAUCCCUUGGCUAGCACUCCACAACCCCACCUUCUCAUGGCCGCAGAGGGUUCUCACGAGGUGGUCGCGAGAGUGUCAGGGUAGGUGUCUAGGUGUUUCCGUUGGUGCAACCACGGUGGAAAGUCUAGACAGUACCUCCACCGUGCGCAUUCCCUCUGAAUACCUGAAGAAGGACGGAGGUCUGCGCCCGUGCAUUGAUUAUCGACCACUGAACAGGGAGACGAUAAGAUGUAGUUAUCCUCUCCCCCUCAUUCAUUCAGUGAUUGAAUCAAUGCAUGGGGCACGAUUCUUCACCAAAUUAGAUCUCAGGAGUGUGUACAACCUGGUGCGUAUCCGAGAAGGAGAUGAGUGGAAGACAGCAUUCAGCACAACAACGGGGCAUUAUGAAUACCUGGUGAUGCCCUAUGGUUUGAUGAAUGCUCCCUCAGUUUUCCAGUCCUUUGUGAACGAGGUGUUUCGGGACAUGCUUGGUCGCGGUGUAGUGGUCUACAUCGAUGACAUCCUGGUGUAUUCCGCUACACGCGCAAAGCAUGUGUCCCUGGUUCGCAAGGUGCUGGCCCGACUGUUGGAAAAUGACCUUUAUGCUAAGGCAGAGAAGUGUAUGCUUUCCCAGCAGUCCGUCUCCUUCCUUGGAUACUGCAUUUCCACCUCAGGUGUGGAGAUGGAGGGAGAUCGCAUUUCAGCCGUGCGUAAUUGGCCGACUCCAACCACGGUUAAGGAGGUGCAGUGCUUCCUUGGCUUUGCCAACUACUAUCGGAGGUUUAUCCGGGGCUUUGGCAAGGUCGCAGCUCCCAUUACCUCCCUGUUGAAGGCUGAUCUGGCCUUCAGCAAACUGCAGGGUCUGUUCACCUCAGCCCCAGUACUGGCCCACCCCGAUUCAUCACUACCGUUCGUAGUGGAGGUGGAUGCGUCCGAGGUUGGGAUAGGAGCUGUCCUGUCUCAAUGCUCGGGUACGCCACCCAAGCUCCGCCCCUGUGCGUUCUUCUCGAAGAAGCUCAGCCCGGCGGAGCAGAACUACGCCGUUGGUGAUCGGGAGCUGUUGGCUGUUGUCCGAGCCUUGACCGUGUGGAGGCAUUGGCUCGAGGGGGCAAAACACCCUUUCCUCGUCUGGAUGGACCACUGUAACCUGGAGUACAUCCGGGCAGCGAGGAGGCUGAAUCCUCGCCAGGCCAGGUGGGCCCUAUUCUUCACCCGGUUUGACUUCACUCUAUCAUACAUCCUGGGUACGAAGAACUUGAAGGCAGACGCACUGUCCCGGCUGUAUGACACAGAGGAGAGGCCCAGCGACAACACUCCCAUACUGCCGGCCUCCUGAAUUGUGGCGCCGGUAGUAUGGACGCGGAUAUAGAGCAGGCAUUAUGCACGGAUCCCUCUCCACCUCAGUGUCCAGAUGGGCUACAGUAUGUGCCUGCUCUUAUCCGUGAUCGUCUGAUCUACUGGGCACACACGUCACCCUCCUCUGGUCACCCAGGUAUCGGCCGUACAGUGUGCUGCCUGACCAGAAAAUACUGGUGGCCUACCUUGGCUGAGGACGUGAGGAUGUAUGUCUCCUCCUGCUCAGUGUGCGUCCAGAGUAAGGCACCUAGGCACCUCCCAGCUGGUAAGUUACAACCUUUACCAGUUCCACAACGACCAUGGUCUCACCUAAGUGUUGCUUUUCUAACUGAUCUUCCCCUCUCUCAAGGUAACACCACCAUCCUGGUCGUUGCGGACCGCUUUUCUAAAGCCUGCCGCCUCCUUCCUCUGCCCGGUCUCCCCACGGCUCUGCAAACUGCGGAGGCCCUGUUUACACACGUCUUCCGGCACUAUGGGGUACCAGAGGAUAUAGUGUCUGACCGAGGUCCCCAGGUCUGGUAGGCGUUCAUGGAACGUCUGGGGGUCUCGGUCAGCCUGACCUCUGGGUUCCACCCCGAGAGUAAUGGGCAGGUGGAACAAGUAAAUCAGGACGUGGGUAGGUUCCUGCGUUCCUACUGCCAGGACCGGCCCGGGGGAGUGGUCGGUGUUCUUGCCAUGGGCAGAAUAUGCCCAGAACUCUCUCCACCACUCCUCCACUAACCUAAUGCCUUUCCAGUGUAUUCUAGGUUACCAACCGGUUCUGGCACCGUGGCACCAGAGCAAGACCGAGGCUCCUGCGGUGGAUGACUGGUUUCGGCGCACGGAGGAGACGUGGGAUGCUGCCCACGUUCACCUCCAACACGCCGUGCGUCGUCAGAAGGCCAACGCUGACCACCACCGCAGUGAGGCCCCCGUCUUUGUACCGGGGGAUCGGGUCUGGCUCUCGACCCGGAAUCUGCCCCUCCGCCUACCCUGCCGGAAGCUGAGCCCGCAGUUUGUGGGGCCGUUCAAAGUCCUGAGGAGAGUCAACGAGGUCACUUAUAGGUUAUUACUUCCCCCUGAUUACCGUAUUAACCCCUCGUUUCAUGUGUCUCUCCUCAGGCCGGUGGUAGCUGGUCCGCUCCAGGAGUCUGAGGUGCGGGAGGUCCCUCCACCUCCUCUGGACAUCGAGGGGGCCCCGGCGUACUCUGUCCAUUCCAUCCUGGAUUCGAGGCGUCGGGUGGGGGGCCUUCAGUACCUCGUGGAGUGGGAGGGGUAUGGUCCGGAGGAACAGUGCUGGGUCCCGGUGAGGGAUAUCCUCGAUCCCUCCAUGUUAUGGGAUAUCCACCAUCGCCAUCCGGCUCGCCGUGCUCCGCGUCCUCCGGCCGUCCCCGAAGCUGGGGUCGGCGCGCGGCAAGGGGGGUUACUGUCACGACUUCUGACGAGGCUGCCUCCCCUCCUUGUUCGGGCAGGUUUCGGCGUUCGGUGUCACCGGCUUACUAGCUAACUGCCAAUCCAUUUAUCAUCACUCCAUUUGUCUUGUCUUCAAUCACACACACCUGGUCCUUAUUCCCUCAUUAGUCAUUGUAUAAGUGUUCCCUCUGCUUCCUUGUCUGUGUGGGUGAUUGUUUAUUGUGGAGGUUAGUGAAGCUUGGUGGAGUUCGUGUAUUUUGUAUCAACGGGAGUAUUUUCCCGUGUGCCUUGUAUUUUCCAGUGCGCCUGUUUUUGUGCCAUGGAGUGUGUUUGAUGCUUUUAUUUUUCAUGUCAAAGAUGAUAUAAAAUAAAAAUAGAAAACGUUUGUUUUAUCUUUUACCAGAUCUAUUGUGUUAUGUUCUCCUACAUUAAUUUCAUAUCUCCACAAACUUCAGUGUUUCCAUUCAAAUAGUACCAAGAAUAUGCAUAUCCUUACUUCAGGUCCUGAGCUACAGGCAGUUAGAUUUGGGUAUGUCAUUUUAGGCGGAAAUUGAAAAGAAGGUUCUGAUCCUUAAGAGGUUAACUGCAGGGCACUCCCACAUCAUACAGUAAGAAGUAAUAUGCCUACCUGAUUUAGGUGACACAGUGAACAGUUAGGAGUUGGGGCCAAUUUAAUCGUAAAACAUUUCCUUGGUGUUAAAUAAGUCUGUGAACAAACUUAAAAUGUAUACAUUUAUGGUUCAGAUUACGGUAUGCCAAGGUCAUAUUUUUCCAUAUUCUGUUCCAGUUAAAGGGUUGUUCAGAUUCAAUUAGAUCUCUGGACCAUACUUUUUAAUGGCCAGCUCAGAAUAUAAGCUUUCCAAAAGUUGUUUAUAUAUUAUAGAGAUCAGUCCUUUCGGGAGCCCAGAUCAUUUAUUUAUAAAUCCCAUCACUGGAUGGUUCGGUAGUUGGGUUUCCCAAGGGACUCCAUAGGCCAGCAUAGCUGACCUAAGUUGUAAAUAUCGAAAAAGGAGUUGCUUGGUAAUGUGUAUGUAUCUUUCAAAUCUUGGAAUGUUCUCAAACCAUUACUGUCCAUGAUAUCGGCAAGUAUACGGAUUCCACAUUUGGACCAUUGGGGUGUGUGCAAAAUGUCGACCUCCAGAUCACAAGGCAUUAUUGUGAAAUAUUGGAGUAUGGGCAUGCAAUUUUGAUUCCAAGUCCAAAUAGAUAUUGCGUGAGCAAUAAUAGGACCAAAGCACAGUUUACAUUGUUUAAGGGAUAUAUCAGUGAAUACCACCUCUUUCAGGGUAAUAGGAGACACCAUAUUUCUCUCUGUACUCUGCCAGGGGCAGAAGAAUCAUGUCUAAACCAAUUUAGGAAGGGGUGAAAUGCCUGGAAAUACAAUUUAAAGCUUAGUAUGGAUAGUCUUCCUAUGUCUUUCCCUCUUUGUAAGUUUGUUAAUUUUCUCCGGGAUCGUUUACCUUAACGCAUACAUUUUGAAACCGCACUAUGAAUUUUAUCCCAAAAGCCAGAAAUGGGAGCCAUGGGAAGCAUUGAACUACAGAAAUUCAGCCUUAGCAAUAUAUUAAUUUUGACAAUAGAUAUUCUACCGGUUAAAGAAACUGGGAUCAGAGUAUGUGAGUGGAGCUGGAGGGGAGCGAGUAGCGGAGCGUGCCCAAUUUGACUGGAGCGUGGUGCGAGAUUCCCAAAGGCUGGAGUGUCGGCCUUCUUGCCCGCUCCAAUUUUGCUCCAGUAGCGCUCAGUUCACGAGCUCAGGGCAUGCUGGGCCCAGCAUGCAUUUGUAGUCUACUUGUGUGCUGCUAUAGCCCCUCGCUUUACACACAGGUGCAAAAUCAAGGUGACUUACAACGAUGAGGACCAAGAGCAAGAGAGGGAGUGUGGUGAUGUAGUGUCCACAACUAAAUAAUCAUUGUGGAAUCUGAAAAGACGCAUAUCCCGAAAGCAUGAUAGUGUACAUACUAUGUGCACAUGCUAAAAUAAAUUAACGAGGUGGGUAGCUAAUUAAGUGUGUCAUUGUAGCAAAGUAUUUAUAAACCAAAAAAUCUGAUCUCUUAAAAGUUUCCUUCAUUUUUGUUCUAUUAUCUAUAUUAUCUAGGCCUGCCAUAUUCCAACUGUCAAGGAGCUUUCCGUUUUGAUUGGGUUAUUUUGCCUAAAAAACUCUGCAUCCCUGCCCAGCCUAGCAAGAGUGGCCAAAAGGCUGUUUAGCAUCCCCAGUGGCUCUGCAAGCACGGAGAGGAUAUUCUCCGCUGCUGGCCUGCUCUCCAGACACCAUUGAAUGAGCCUGAAGCCACAGACUCUGGCCAAACUGGUGUUUCUAAAAAUGAAUUAAAAGGCACUAUAGACUGAGCCUAAUAAGGCAUUUUUUUGUUAAUCACAGCCUAUAUGCACAAUUUAUAGACUAUAAUGAUUUAAUACAACAAAAUGUUGUUUAAAUGCUGAGCGCUUAAUGUCCCUGACUCCCUACCAGCCUAGUGUGUCACACGCAAAUGCUUCACAAUGUAUUUAUUUGUAGACUAUAGCCUUGAAAUAAUUUAAACAAAUAGCCUAAAUAAAUAAUUUCCGUUCCUUUGUAGGCUCCCUGUCUGUCUCCUGACCUAUUUAGAGUGUUUAUAUGCUGUUUAAUAUGACAUGUAGCCUAUUUGAAAUGAUGAGCACUUCUUACAUUCACCUUUUCAUGUUUAUUAAGGCACUACUUUUCAUUCAAAUCAUAUGGUUUGUUGCUCAGUUGGUAGAGCAUGGCGUUUGCAAACGCCAGGGUUGUGGGUUCGAUUCCCACGGGGGCCAGUAUGAAAAAACAAAACAAUAAUAAUAAUAAUAAUGUUUGCACUCACUAACUGUAAGUCGCUCUGGAUAAGAGCGUCUGCGAAAUGACGUAAAUGUAAAUGUUUGGUUUCAAUACUUCAAAACCAAAUGGUAGGUCCAGGAAGUCACAGAAAAUAGAUGGUUGUUUGUUAAAUUGUGAUAUUAAUGAAUGGAGCGAAUUUGUAGUGGCAUUUUGUUUUCCUGUGAGCGCGGAGCGGUUGAAAAGGACGUGGAGUGCCGGCCCACAGCUUGAUGAGCGGAAUUUCCAACAGCUCAACUCUACUCACAUAAUCUGAUUGGGAUAUUAUUCCAUCUAAUGAGGUCGGAUUUAAUUGAUUUGAGCGUUCUGUUAAAGUUUCUGCCAAUGGUUUUAUCUAAGGGAGGAAAUAUAUCUAGUCCAAAGUAUUUAAAAUGGGAAACAAUUGGGAUUCCAUAAGCAGAGAUGGAGUCCUCCAUCAAUGUCUUAAGAGGCAUUAGGGCUGAUUUGGGUAGAUUCAUUUUAUAACUUGAGAUUAAGCUGAAUUUAUCUAUGAUCUUUAAUGCGAUUGAGAUACAUUGUCUAGAUAAAGUAAAAUAUCAUCUGUGUAUAAUGAGAUGAAGUGAUCAGUAGAUUUGAGGGAAAUUGGUGUUAAAGGGGGCGAUAGUGACAACACUGGGUGGCAUCCUUACCUUUUUUUAUUAAAGCGAAAUUAGUGCUGUAUUCAUCUCUCUCCCAAAUUAACCUUUGUGAAUGGCUGUGUUAAUCAUUUUGAGCAAUAGUGCACUUCAUUGAUUCCAAAUGUUUAAAUAGGAGGAAUACCAUCCCAUCCAGGUGAUGUACCUUUAUUUAUGCUAUCCAAUGCCCUUUUGUGUUCAUUGAGAUAGAUUUGGGCUCCCAGCGAGGUGGCUUCUUCUGUUGAGAGAAGAGAAGUUCUUAAUUAUUUUAGAAAGGAUUUAGUCUGGUUUGGUGUUGAUUUACUAUCAGAGGUGUACAGUUCUUUAUAGAAGGAUAAUCUGAUUAAUUUGGGUUCUGAUAGUAACUCCCCUCUUUCAGAUUCAAUAGCUAAAUCAGCUAAUUGAUCAUUACUGGCUUGUUGGCCAGUAAAUGACAAAGACGAUCUAACUCGAUGGAUGGCAAAUUCUGCUCUCUGUCAAUAAAUUAAGUUAUGUCUUGACUUUGGCAAGGGUAAUAGCUACCUGGUCUGAAAAGUGUUUGUUGAGAACACUCAAAUGCAGUUAACAACAUUUCCAAUUCUGACAUCUUCUUUAAUUGUGAUUUAUUCAACCCAGAUGCAAAUGCAAUUGCGUUAUUUUUAUAAAACCUUUGGUGGCAUCCCAUAGAAUCAAGUUUAUUGAUCAUUGUUAAUUAAGUUAGGUACAUUUCAAAUUGAUCACAGAAUGUAGGAUUUUGUAGUAAUGAAACGUUGAAACACCAUCUUGUGGCUCAUUUAGUAGAUUCUAAGAUUUGAAGUUGGCAGUAGUAAGCGUGGUGGUCAGACAAGCUCAUAUAUCGAAUUUCUAUUUUCUUGAUUAAAGAAAGUAGAGGUGUAGAUAAUAGCAUAAAAUCGAUUCUGGAUAAUUUUUUAUGCCUGUUUGAGUAGAAAGUGUACUCUCUUGCUUUCGGAUUAUGUGCUCGCCAGGCAACAAUGAGCUUAUAAUCAGAAAGUAGGCUAUAUGCUGGAGAGCCUUGGUUGCGUGUGGUUUGUUGUUGGUCUUGUUAGAUUUGUCUUGCAUGUCCAAAAUGGCAUUCAUGUCUGUCCCAAUAACCUGAUGGAAUUCAGUUAAUUCUAACAAUAUGCUGUUCAGAGAAUCAAAAAAGUAGGAUCAGAUGAAUUUGGAGCGUACACAUUAGUAAAGGCAUCUUUCCUUCCAUUAUCGAUACAUUUAAGGAAAGUGAUUCUGCCUUCUUGGUCUUCGCCUUCACCAAAGUUGGUGAUUUUGAGUUUAUUAUGUAUCAUUAUGAGUUCACCUUUUAGUUUUGUUUGGGGCUGAUGAAAAAUAAGGCAGUUUGUAUAAAGGGUUCUGCAUUCUAUGUACAUCCUUAUGGAGCAGAUGUGUUUAUCGGGCAUUGCUAUAACAGGAUGGUUUCUUGCUAGGAUAUCAAGACAGCUGGAAUGUUUGAUAGGACAAUGUCUGCCUUUCAAAUUCCAAGAGAAUAGCUAGCGUUGCAAUUGUUUUUCAGAAAGGAAUGUUUCAGAAAGUAUUCACACCCCUUGACUUUUUCCACAUUUUGCUGUGUUACAGCCUGAAUUAUUGUUAAAUACAUAACAAAUUAAUUAAAAUGAAAAGCUGAAAUGUCUUGAGUCAAUAAGUAUUCAACCCCUUUGUUAUGGCAAGCCUAAAUAAGUUAAUGAGGGAAAAUGUGCUUAACAAGUCACAUAAUAAAUUCCAUGGACUCACUCUGUGUUUUAUAAUAAUGUUUAACAUGAUUUUUGAAUGACUACCUCAUCUCUGUACCCCACACAUACAAUUAUCUGUAAGGUCCCUCAGUCGAGCAGGGAAUUUUAAACAGAUUAAACCACAAAGACCAGGGAGAUUUUCCAAUGCCUCGCAAAUAAGGGCACCUAUUGGUAGAUGGGUAAAAAUAAAAAAGCAGACAUUGAAUAUCCCUUUGAGCAUGGUGAAGUUAUUAAUUACACUUUGGAUGGUGUAUCAAUAAACCCAGUCACUACAAAGAUACAGGUGUCCUUCCUAACUCAGUUGCCAGAGAGGAAGGAAACCGCUCAGGGAUUUCACCAUGAGGCCAAUGGUGACUUUUUAAAACAGUUACAGAGUUGAAUGGCUGUGAUAGGAGAAAACUGAGAAUGGCUCAACAACAUUGUAGUAACUCCACAAUACUAACCUAAAUGACAGAGUGAAGAGAAUGAACCCUGUACAGAAUACAUUUUUUCCAAAACAUGCAUCCUGUCUGCAAUAAGGCACUAAAGUAAGGCUGCAAAGAAAGUGUGGCAAAUAAAUUAACUUUAUGUCCUGAAUACGAAGCGUUAUGUUUGGGGCAAAUCCAACACAACACAUCACUGAGUACCACUCUUCAUAUUUUCAAGCAUGGUGGUGGCUAGAUCAUGUUAUGGGUAUGCUUUUCAUCGGCAAGGACUAUGGAGUUUUUUUUAGGAUAAAAAUAAACAGAAUAGAGCUAAGCACAGGCUAAAUCCUAGAGGAAAACCUGGUUCAGUCUACUUUCCAACAGAUACUGGGAGACACAUUCACAAAUUCAGCAGGACAAUAACCUAAAACACAAGUACAAAUAUACACUGGAGUUGCUUACCAAGACGACAUUGAAUGUUCCUGAGUGGCCUAGUUACAGUUUUGACUUAAAUCCAUCUUAAAUCUAUGGCAUGACUUGAAAAUGGCUGUCUAGCAAUGAUCAUCAACCAAUUUGACAGAGCCUGAAUAAUUAAAAUAAUAAUAAUGUGCAAAUAACGUACAAACCAGGUGUGCAAAGGUCUUAGAGACUUACCCAGAAAGACUCACAGCUGUAAUCACUGCCAAAGGAAAUUCAGUGGUGUGAAUACUUAUGUAAAUGAAAUGUUUCUUUAUACCAUUUUCAUUAAAUUAGCAAAACAUUCUAAACACAUAUUUUCACUUUGUCAUUAUGGGGCAUUGUGUGUAGUGAGAACCCCCCCCCCCCUUCCCUAGCCCCCAGUCCCCUCCCCAUUCCCCCCGCCCCGUACUAUCAUUACAGGGUUGCAGCAUAACGGUGAGUAGCAGCCUUACACAUGAAGUCUCUUAGCAGCAUAUUUUUUAGGUCUUAAGGUAUUCAAAAAUAAAUAAAGUAGAACAUAAAAUAAAUAACCCUUUUCAGACCUUUACAGUUUAGUUAGCAGACUUGGAUUAGUUUGGGUGGGUAAUGAAGAAAAAAUGAAAUACAAUAACAUUUACAUUUUAGUCAUUUAGCAGACGCUCUUAUCCAGAGCGACUUACAGUUAGUGAGUGCACACAUUAUUUUUUUCAUACUGGCCCCCCGUGGGAAACGAACCCACAACCCUGGCGUUGCAAACGCCAUGCUCUACCAACAUCCCUGCCGGCCAUUCCCUCCCCUACCCUGGACGACGCUGGGCCAAUUGUGCGCCGCCCCAUGGGUCUCCCGGUCACGGCCGGCUACGACAGAGCCUGGAUUCAAACCAGGAUCUCUAGUGGCACAGACCACUGCGCCACUCAGGAGUACAAUAACAGACAUGCAAGCCUAAAGUGACAGCAUUCUGACAAACUGACAACAUUCACUUCUGUAUCGUUCCAUCUGUGUUUUGAGAUGUCACAUUGUACAGGUAUGUUUCUGCUUUCUGAAACAAUGAUUACCCCUUCACCUCCCUGAGAGAGAAAGGGCUGUAGGGAUGAAGCAGGUCCCUGGCCCUCAGGUGAGAUAAUAACUGUCAAAUCUGCAUGUUGGAUUUCCCAGGAUGGCCAGGCAAGCAGAGAGUUUAUGCUAACUAGUUCAGGGUUGGUGUUUACCAAAACAAAGCAUGUCAGAGGAGGAUGCCGAUAGCAUGAAGUUGCAUUCACUGAGCGAGUAAUGUAGCAUUUACAAAUAAAGGUUGCUGCAUUGUAGCAUUACUAUUGCUCCAUGCAGAUAAUUAUGCAAGUUUAUGCAAUAGUAUUUGAAUUAUGUUGUAAAUGUUGGCUAUGUCUGAAUACAUUUUGCAAAUGGAUGUGAUCAUGAGGACUGGAGGGGAAAGUUUAUGUUGAAAUACUCCGUAAGAUUCCUGAUAUUUCGAUUAGCGAGACAGAAAUCCCUUUGAGGUUUAUUGAUGAUCCGAAGGAAUUAAUUAUGAAAUGUAUGUGUUCAUUGUGGAUUUCAGUGAAAGUCCAAGUUUGAGAUGUUCCAAAUGUUAGAGCGUUAGAAAGAUCCCUCUUGUAAAAAGAUAAAGAAAGAAAGGGCCUUUUCAGUUAAUGUUUCUGAGCUGAAAUAUUUGCAUUACAAUGGAAUGUUUAAUGACUAAAUAAGGAAAAGUGGGGUAAUUAUUUUACCCCUUUGAAAACAUACACACACCCUCCACUGAUCUGAGGAGGGGGCCUCUGCCUGUGUGCCCAGGACUGAUCUCCAGAGGUCAGGGGCCAGGGGUUCUGCAUUGUUGGAGCAUCUGACUCCAGGGGGAGAUACAUGAGGAUUUAGCUGUGACCAGUUUCACACCCAGUGAAAGGGAAGAGUGGGGCGGGAAGGAGAAGAAGUAGAAUCCUCAGUUGUUAAUUGCAUAUAUUGUUUAUCAUAAUGAUUCCUGUAAUAAAGGUGUCUGUCCUGCCGCUUUACCGGCCUGUUUUGCUGGGGCCGGUUGAUGUAAUGAGCGAGCCUCUCACACUCUCUCUUCCCCCUUGUGUCCCCUUUGUGUAUAACAUUUCAAAAUGCAAUUGUGGGGAAAAAACGACUUUGGAAGCAACUCGUUUUCCAUAUUAAAGAGAAGAGGGUCUCAGCUUUCUGUAGGUAUAAUUUGUAUUUCUCAGUUAUUAUUAUUGAGCUCAAAGCACACUGUUUUACAAUGAAGAUAUCUGAUAUGGCUUUGAAAUACGGAGCGUGCGAAAUUGCUCAUCAGCCAUCGCAAGUGCCCAGGCCUGAUCUCCAGAGGUCAGGAGCCAGGGGUCCUGCAUUGUUGGAGCAUCUGACUCCAGGGUGAGAUGCAUGAGGAUUUAGCUGUGACCAGUUUCACACCCAGUGAAAGGGAAGAGUGGGGGGGGGGUGGAGAAGAAGAAUCCUCAGUUGUUAAUUGCAUAUCUUUAAGGUUAAUUUGUCGCUAGGGUCACACCAUAGACCAUAUAGGAAUGUAUUUUGUUUGCACAUAUACAAAACGUACGAAUAGUUUGUGAAUAGUGAAUAGAAUGUGUAAUAUUUAAGCAAUAAGGCUCGAGGGGAUGUGGUAUAUGGCCAAUAUACCAUGGCUAAGGGCUUUUCUUAUGUACGACGCAAUGUGGAGUGCCUGGAUACAGCCCUUUGCCGGUGUAUAUUGACAAUAUACCAACAUAAUUAGAGCAGUAAAAAUACAUGUUUGUCAUACCCAUGGUUUACGUUCUGAUGUACUACGGCUUUCAGCUAAUCAACAUUCAGGGCUCGAAAAACCCAGUUUAUAAUUAGUUGUGAAGUAUACAUCUAUAAGCACUCUUAUCAAAAAAAAAAUCACACCAUCUACAAAAUGUGUUCAAUUUUCACUCACCGUAACACCAUCUCCCCUCCAGGUAAGUUUGAGGAGAAGGAGGAUCGUGUACCAAAGCUGGAGCAGCUAAACUCUCUGGGCUUCAUGUGCAGUCUGAACCUGUCCCUGAGCAAGAAGGACCUGGUCAAGAUGGAGCUCCUCCUCUUAGAGACGUUUGGCUGGAACCUGUGCAUGCCCACGCCGGCCCACUUCAUAGACUACUACCUCCAUGCUGCUGUACAGGAGGGAGACCUGCACAAUGGCUGGCCCCUCUCCUCCCUCAACAAGACCAAAGCCUUCAUGGACAAGUACACACACUACUUCCUGGAAGUCUCACUGCAAGGUGAGGAUGAGAUUGGGAGUAGGGCUGUGGCGGUCAUGAAAUGUUGUCAGACGGUUAUUGUCAUGCAAAAGACAAUAAGAGUUGGCCUACUGUAUCUUAUCUGGCUAUGCUCCAUGCCAUAGGCUGUAGGCUUGUUCACUUAGCUGACAAGAUAUGCUUAUAAGUCCCGUGCCAUUAUUUUGUAUUAUAUGAUUUUAUAGUAAGAAAAAUAUGAUUGAACUUAGCUGAAUAAAAUAGAAAGGAUAUUUUUUCCCAUUCCGGAGCGAGUGCGCAUAUGAAGUGGCUAUGUUGAGCGUAAAAGUGAUCAUUUGAAACAGGUCCGAUACCCUAGAUUUAGCAACUUUGGCAACUUUAGUUAUGAAUGAUACAACCCUUAGAAUGUCUUAGAAAUCAAAACAUGCAUGUAUAUGGGCUGCAUGAUGCGACUAUAGGCUAUUGAUGAUAUGAGAAAGUCGCAAAAAAAAAAUUUGCGCUCUGUUCCUUGCUUCAGGCUUCACACACUGUUCUCUCAUUAAGUGAUCAUAUUUUCACCAAUUAGACUAUUCUCAAUUUAAUCAAAACUCUGCUUUCACACGGGUUUAUAGAAAUGUCUGGGCUUAUAAGAACACUUAUUUCACUCCAUGCAUCAACCAUUGUUUGAGGAGCAUGCGCUCGCUGCGCGACAGGUGAUAUUUCGCCCAAACUCUGUAUGCCAUGGGCUCUCCAACCCUGUUUCUGCAGCUACCCAGAGCUUAAUUUGGGAAACCAAGUGAAAUCCGUUUGGGAACAUCGAUAGUAACAAGUUUUCACAACAAAACAUACUUCAUUAAACGGUUGACAGCCCCUCUGCGUGCUCGAGAGAGGAAUGAAGAGGGAGGAGGAGAUGGAAAUGUACAGUGGUGAGCUAUUCUAUAUAGCUAAAGGUAAUGUGUAUUUUUAUUUGUAUUUAUUAUGGAUCCCCACUCUUCCUGGGGUCCAGCAAAAUUAAGGCAGUUCAUAAAGCCAUAACACAUACGUUUUUCCAUUAGCAGACUAUGAUCGAUAAUGUCAAAAGCCACACUGAAGUCUAACAAAACAGCCCCCACAAUCUUUUGAUCAUCAAUUUCUCUCAGCCAAUCAUCAGUCAUUUGUGUAAGUGCUGUGUUUGUUGAAUGUCCUUCUCUAUAAGCAUGCUGAAAGUCUGUUGUCAAUUUGUUUACUGUAAAAUAGCAUUGUAUCUGGUCAAACACCAUUUUUCCUAAUAGUUUACUAAGGGUUGGUAACAGGCUAAUUGGUCGGCUAUUUGAGCCAGUAAAGGGGGCUUUACUCUUCUUAGGUAGUGGAAUGACUUUUGCUUCCCUCCAAGCCUGGGGGCACACACAUUCUAGUAGGCUUAAAUUGAAAAUAUGGCAAAUAGGAGUGGCAAUAUCAUCCGCUAUUAUCCUCAGUAAUUGUCUAUCCAAGUUGUUAGACCCUGGUGGCUUGUCAUUGUUGAUAUACAACAAUACUUUUUUCACCUCUUUCACACUCUCUUUACGGAAUUCAAAAUUACAAUGCUUGUCUUUCAUAAUUUGGUCAGAUAUACUUGUAUGUGUAGUGUCAGCAAUUGUUGCUGGCAUGUCAUGCCUAAGUUUGCUAAUCUUGCCAAUGAAAAAAUCAUUAAAGUAGUUGGCAAAUUCAGAUGGUUUUGUGAUGAAUGAGCCAUCUGAUUCAAUGAAUGAUGGAGCUGAGUUUGCCUUUUUUCCCAAAAUGUAAUUUAAGGUGCUCCAAAGCUUUUUACUAUCAUUCUUUGUGUCAUUUAUCUUUGUUUCAUAGUGUAGUUUCUUCUCAUUUUUAUUCAGUUUAGUCACAUGAUUUCUCAAUUUGCAAUACGUUUGCCAAUCCGUUGUGCAGCCAGACUUAUUUGCCAUUUAUUUUGCUUCAUCCCUCUCAACCAUACCAUUUUUCAAUUCCUCAUCAAUCCACCGGGAUUUAACAGUUUUUACAGUCAUUUUCUUAAUGGGUGCAUGCUUAUUAGUAACUGGAAUAAGCAAUUUCAUAAAUGAGUCAAGUGCAGUGUAUGUUUGCUCCUCAUUACACACCACGGACCAACAAAUAUAAAUCACCCAGAAGGUAUACCUCCAUAUUGAUAUCAUAUACAUUAUCAAGCAUUUCAGACAUGUUAUCCAGAUACUGACUGUUAGCACUUGGUGGUCUAUAGCAGCUUCCCACCAGAAUGGGCUUUAGGCGAGGCAGAUGAACCUGUAGCCAUAUUACUUCAACAGUAUUUAACAUGAGAUCCUCUCUAAUCUUCACAGGAAUGUGGUUCUGAAUAUAAACAGCAACACCUCCACCAUUGGCAUUUCUAUAUUUUCUGUCAAUGUUAUAACCUUGUAUUGCUACCACUGUAUCAUCAAAGGUAUUAUCUAAGUGAGUUUCAGAGAUAGUCAGAAUAUUAAUUUAAUCUGUUACAAGCAAAUGACUGAUUUCAUGAACCUUGUUUCAUAAGCUACAUAUGUUAAUGUGGGCUAUUCUAGGAUGCUUAUUUGUUUUUAUUGCUUUACUGGGAAGCUUAGCAGCAGUAGAUGUGCUCAUGUUCUUUAUGUUAGUGCAGGGUGAGCUGCACCCUAGGACUUCCUCCUAGGGCACACUGGCUCAGUGCUAACAGUAUAAAUAUGGUUCUUAGGCACAUGAUUACUGCAUACAAAUGAUGUAGGAUCAGCAGAGGCAUUCAGGGCAUUGGAGAGACAUAAACUAGGUUACUUAUAUUGUGUCUACCGACACCCCUGGUGUAAUGUACAUUUGCUGAAGCAUUAUGACAACUCUGCAUCACAAUGGUAGGGAUUAGCUGAGCUGGGCAUGGGUCAUUGAUAAGUCAUUGUCUCAACGCAGCCUUAUAAUGCUGUGAAAGGAUCCAGGAACCCAAAUUAUUUGGGUGGAUCCCAUCCUCCUUAUAAAACGUGUUUUGUUUCCAAAAGGUAUCGAAAUUGUCAACAAAAAUUACACCCAUUGAGCUGCCAUAAUCAUGUAGCAAGUUGUGAAGAGCAAGAAUUCAGAUAAAGCGUUCAAUGCCACGAUUCAGAGAGGGCACAGGGCCAGAUAUGAUGGCUUUUUUGUUAGUGUCUAGCAGAGAGUCAAUCAGCUCUUUAAAAUCCAGUUUCAACUGUUCAGAGCUGCCCUUCAUAAUGUCAUUAAAACCCACAUGGACUACGAUAGAAUCGAUUUCCACGUCCUGACGCAAUACAUUCGGAAGCAGCGUAGUAAUGUAAUUUACUCGAGCUCCGGAAUAGGACAUUGUUUUUGCACCAGGAACGGUCACAUUUCUUACCAUGGAGCUGCCCAAAAUCACGGCUGGUGAGAAGGACGAGGAAAUCCGCCCUAUUAAUCAGCCUAUUAAUAAUAAAAUAUAAAAAAUGCCCUAUUACUAGGCUAUUAAAAAUCAAAUACAAAUGCACUAUAAUUGUAGGAUAACUGUAAGCCGCCCUGCACAAUCAAUGAACCAACAGCAUCACCUAGGGCUCUACGUUCUCUCCCAAACUCGUGGAUAGAAAGUUUGGAGUGUAGUGUACUGUCCACACUCAAAGGCGAUUACUAGAAUUUGUUUAAUUUUGUAGUAUAGGCUAGACCAAUUAUGUACCAAAGACAAAUCAGUUUUAAAUCAGUUUUGUUUCAUGUUUUUCUGCCAUGUGUAAUAUGCGGUAGGCUAUGUAUUGUAUAAUGGCACAAUCGUUAUUUUUUUCGGCCUUAUAUAUAGGCCUAUGCGUAUAAACCUGUUGUUGAACUUCUUUCUUCAAAUUGAUCAUCACAAUUGAUCAUCACAAUACGGUCACCGCAACAGCCCUGAUUGGGAGUGCCCAAGAAUGGAAGUCCAUAAAGUGACUGCAGAGGGUGGUCUAAUGGGCAAGACAGUUGGUCUCAAUGGUGGGGCCAUUCGUUGUUGAGUAAAUGAGUGAGACUGAUGAUUUCUGUGUUUGUGUGUCUCAGACCAUGCCUUCCUGAGCUUCCGGCCGUCCCAGGUGGCAGCAGCCUGCAUUGCGGCGUCCCGCAUCUGUCUCCAAAUCACCCCAAGCUGGUCCACCGUUCUCCACCUGCUCACCGGAUACUCCUGGGAACACCUCACUCAGUGCAUCAAGCUCAUGCUGCUGUAAGACUCCACUACUGCUUUACAUAAUGUGCUGUACACACACAUUAAUCUGGUCACAAACCAGGGGUGUAUUCAUUAGUCAGAUUCCGUUACAAAAAGUUUUUUGCCUACUAGCAGUAGGUGUUAUAUUUAGAGUUAGAGAUCUAGCUAAUGUGUUUUGAGUUUACACUUCAUCAGGUAGUGAAGAAGCACCAAUUGAAUUAGGACUAUAUACAAUAUUAGUGCACAAAAGAGGAAGGCAAAUUCAUCUCUAUUGAACAAAACAAUCAGAAAAUUCUGGAGCCCUAUUUUGACAUGUUAGAUGUAACAAUUUAUUGUGAAUAAUUUUAUAAUGACUUUAUAUGAUGAUGACUAAAAUGUAUUCUGUUGUGUGACGCGUCCCAAACUUAUUUUGUUGGGUGCCACCAAAUUUACAUUUACAUUUUUACUAGGGCUGUCAAAUGAUUAAAAUUUUUAAUCAAAUUAAUCAGAAUUUUCAGUGGAUUAAUCAUGAUUAAUCACUAUUUGCAAUUACACCUGAAUCCUAACCAUUUUUUUUCUGAAAUGCAUACCAAAAGAUAAAUAACAGGACACAGAUACAUAAUUUUCAUAUUAUGUCUGUUUAUUAACACAGCCAAAUAAUGGUGUUUUAAAUCAAGCUGAAACAUACUACACACCAUAAUAUUUGUCUUUGGCUGUGGCUCUUGACGGUGGCUUAUAGAAUGAGUCUUGAGACGCCACUUGCAAAACAUCAAGGAAACCUGAGUCUUCUACAAUGCUAAUGGGUCUACAAUCCUUUGCAAUCCAUUUUGCUAUUGUGUUGGUCAAAUUAUCUGAGGUUGAUUUUGUUAAUUGCCUGCAAACAUUCAGCGUGGUCUGGCGCAAACCACUUGCUGAAUCUGACGGCCCAGCAAACGCAUGUUUGGCGUUGACAUGGUACUUCAAGCUUGAACAGCUCCGGUGAAAUUGAAACUCCUUCUUACAAAUCUUGCAAAUAACCUUGUACUUGUUAACUGUACCAUCAUCAUUCUUUUUAUAUUUGAAUCCGUCAAUAGGCCCACUUUGCUCACCUUGCUCCAUCUCGCCUCUAGCUCCCAACCACUUUCCUGACCUGAAUAAUUUGUCACACUGCGCAUGCGUGAAAUGCGUUAAAAAAAUUGACGUAAUUAACAGCAAACAACUAAUUAACGUCGUUAACGCGCUAUUUUUGACAGCCCUAAUUUUUACAUUUACGUCAUUUAGCAGACGCUCUUAUCCAGAACGACUUAAAUCAUGGGCUUGUGCCACCAACUAAAGAAGUUGGGAAAAUGUUAGUCUGGAGCCCUGAACAGACAAAACAUUUUGCUAUGGAAUCCAACUAAUGAAUACACCCCAUGUUUACUGACAUCUGCUUACACUUAGUUUAUCCAUUUCUAAACUGUGGUGUUGAAUGCUUCCCAUGUAUGCACUUCUCCUCCAUUUUAAUGCAAUUUGAGUAUUGAGGUUCUACAGCUUUUUCAUAAUGUUAAUACCAUUGACCCUUAGUUAUUACCUCUGUAUGUUGAUGUUUAUGUUCAUCAGCUAAAGGUCGUUAAGUAAUCAUUUUCACUGUUUUUCUCCCUCUAGUGCCCAUGACUACGAUGUGAAACAGGCCAACAAAUCCAAGUCCAACUCUCCGUCUGUCCAGAGUCCUCUCCAACCCCAGGCCCUUUCCUCAACCUCUACAGUCUCUGUCUCCACCCUGAAACAACCCUUACCUACCUCCCAGCAGCUGCUCUUCCAGACAGGUGGCUACCAGCAGCACCUCACCCAGCACUCCACUCCCCUUUCCCAGCUGCACAUGCUAGGUGAGUCCCAGGCUCUGGGCCCUGUCAGGUCUCGGGACUACCUCCAAGCCCACCAGACAGGGCUCCUCACAGGCUCGGUUUCUCAGGGUGUCUUCCCCUCCUACCCCAGCCUGGCCUCAGGGCUGCGCUCCUCCCUUCCCCUGCAGGGACCCAUCUCCAUGCAAGUGGCCCUUGCUGCAGAGCCCCGUCACUGCCUGUCGUACGGGGGAGGCUACCUGGGCUCCCAUCACACCUUCACAGCAGGCUGCUUCGACAGG